AUGAGCAAAGAUUCUUCGAUUGAAAGCAAUGCGGCUUCUCGCGAAUUUUACAAGGCCAAAGGACAUGGAGGAUACGAAAGCAGAAUAAGAUUUUUUUCUCUUGAAAGAAAUGAAAAUUUUUGUCAGGCCUUUGAUCCUAUUACCGAUGAGACGUGUUUUCUGAGGUGUCAGAAAAAGUCAAAUACGACUUAUUCAGUAUGCGAUAAGCAUGACAAACCUAAAUUUGUCGCUGCAAUUCAUGCCAAAGAAUACUUUAAAUCCAUUCCUUUACACGUAUAUUUUGAUGACAAGGGCAAGGAUAAGUUCUUGAAUAAUUUGGCCAAUUAUUUUACCGAACGUAGUCUCGAACUCGAACGUCCUAUCGAAGAGGGCAUGUUUUAUGUUAUACGCAGAAUAUUCGAGAUUAUCCAGAACUCUACAAAACCGGCGUUAUUAUAG